AUGGCGGCCAACGCCAUUCCGCUGCACUGCGACAUCUGCCCCAAGAAGCCAAACUUCAGCGAUGUUUCGCAUCUGCUUACGCACAUUGCCAGCAAAGGCCACUUAUCCAACUACUACAAGGUCAAAGUUCGUUCGUCACACGAAACUACAUCUCGCUUGCUGAUUGACGCCUACGACUGUUGGUAUGCCGAGUGGAAUGUCGAGGAGCUCAUGUCAGAACGCAUGAGCCAGAAGGACAAACGCCGCACGCGGGCUAGACCAGCUGCCCGGCCCACUCCAGCUCCUAAGAUUGCAGCUCCAGUGCCACGCCCCGCUCGUCGCGCCACCGCCGGCAACCUCCUCGAUCCACGUCUUUCUGAGCAGCAACCGACGAUCAAGUUAGAACACUCGGUUACUCCUACACCAACACCCCAGCCUACUGGCCCAGUCCUGCGUCACCGCAAUAGCUUCGCACCACAUAUGCAGUAUUGGGCUACCGAGUCGUGUGCUAGCUCUCGCAGUUACACCAACCCAGACUACGAGACGUCGAGUGAGUACUCGGAUCCAAGCGAGCGGCGACGCUAUCGGUACACUGCGGCAGAUUCCUGUGCCAUUGAGGAGGACCCUGUUGAUACAGACCCAAUGGCAGUCAGCGAGUCAACCAAGCUGAAGGGCGUGUACUGGCCUGGCAUGGACAUCUUCGACUCGGCUACACCUGAGAUGCGGCGCAAGAGAAACCAGAAAAAGGAUAGCUCUGUAGUAGAGCAGCUCGAGCUCAAUUCACAAGAAGUCGAGGCUACGGAGCUCAUAUUCACGCCACAUGGCUCCUUCAAGCGGCUUCGCAGGAUUUCAUGUUCAGACUCUGAUGAUGACGACGGCAUUGAGAUCAAAGUCGAAAGUCCACAGCCAAUUCGACGGCGCCCCGCGCUUGCCAACAUGGACGUUAAUGCUCCUCGUCGCCCCAGGCAACUUAACCGUCCUCCCAUGCUUUCUUACUUGUCUCGCAACCAGUACGACGAAGAUCGCGGCCGCCCCAGCUAUGAAUAUACCCACAGCGACCGUGCCUCGAAGCGGAACCGAGCAGCAUUCAACGUCUUCCAAGACGACGAUGACGACGACGACAUUCCAUUCUCUCAGCCAGCCGGCUUAACCUAUCUCACCUCGGGUUUUACUCGUCAACACUCGCCGUCCCCAGCACCCACAUUCGCCCCUUACAAGCCGUACAACGACCCGUUCCUGUUUGAAAAUAAGGAGAAUGGUUUGCCUCCGUUCAAUCAAACGGCAUAUGGCAACUUCCAUAACCACCAUGGCACUAGCUACCACUAUCAUACCAAUUCAUACGGUCUAGGCCAUGAACAGUAUGGCUCCCAGUACAAUGGUCACUUGUACAAUAGCAAUUCCGCAUAUCAGCAGCAGAACCAGGAUGACGAUGAUCAACGCACAAUCACGGCUCCGCCAUCACCGUCUACGAGCUAA